ACCGGUGGCGGUGCCCGUGGGGCACUUCCGGCGAUGUGGCGAUGGCGGUUCCCGGCGCUGCUCCGGGCCGGGCCAGGUCCCAGCGGAGUCGCGGCGCCCCGCGCGGGGCUCAAGAAGUUGGUGCUGCCGCCAGAUUACAGCGGAAUCACCUUCCCGGAGAAGCCGAAGCUGAAGUUCAUGGAAAAGGUGCCGGCGGUGCCCAAGGUCCGGCGGGAGCCGCGGAGGCUCCGUGACAUCCGCGGGCCGUCCCGGGAGGCCACUGACUUCAUCCAGGGGCAGUACGGGAUCCUGGCUCUGGGCGGGGGGUACCUGCACUGGGGCCACCUGGAGAUGAUCCGGCUGACCAUCGGGCGCCACAUCGACCCCAAGUCCAUGUUCGCCGUGUGGCGCGUCCCCGCCCCGUCCAAGCCGGUGACGCGGAAGAGCCUGGGGCACCGCAUGGGGGGCGGCAAGGGCCCCAUCGACCGCUACGUGACGGCCGUGCGCAGCGGGAGGCUCGUGGUGGAGGUGGGCGGCCGCUGCCACUUCGACCAGGUGCAGCCCUUCCUCGCCCAGGUGGCCCAAAAACUGCCCUUCCCGGCCAUGCCUGUGAGCCGGGAGAGCCUCCAGGAGAUGCGGCGGGAGGAGGAGGAGAAGAGGCUCAACAACCAGAACCCCUGGACUUUCGAGCGUGUCAUCACCGCCAACAUGCUGGGCAUGAGGAAGUACCUGAGCCCCUACGACCUGCGGCUCCAUGGCCGCUACUGGGGCAAGUUCUUCCUCAAGCACCGGAUCUGAGGGGCACGGACGGCAUUCUCACGGGAUUGAACCGACGCACCGGAA